UAUUUCUAUUACUUUUUGUAAUGUUCUCUUCUCUUUUGCGUUUUAAGCAAACGAAAUCAUUUGUAGAAUUUUAUCAGCAUUUCAAAAUAAACCAAACAAUUGAACCAGUGAGACCGGCAGCAGCAUUAAUUGGAAGAAAAAUGGCAACAAGAGUUGAUGCAGAAUUUGCAAAUUUCGAGGCAAAAAUCUCCCUCAACAAUCCAGUGACGGAUUAUGUCAAAUUGAUGGAUGAUAAAAUGAAAGCUGACGUAAUAAUGCCCAAUGAUGUGUAUGAUGAAUGCUGGAAAAAAAUUUCGGCCGCAACUAGGGAGACUGUAUGGAAAUUGCUAUUCGAAGCUGGGGAGAGCUGCGCGCAAAAAGAGCAAUUGGAAAAGGCAGCGGAAUUACUGAAAAUGCACAAAGAGGACGCCUGUUUCUAUCAAGCCUCCGACUAUAAUAAUUGGAUUGUGAGAGUAAGAGAUGAACUAUUAAAACGUAAAAUGUUGGAAUUUUGGAAAAAUGUUGUAGUACAAAAAGAAUUAGGUCCCUGCUGGGCCAGAGAUUCGGAUCUGUUCGAUGAUGUAGAAGAUCCAGAACCGGCUAAUUUUUAUAAGUUUGCAGACUGCGAAGCUCCCUGGUUGAAAAAUAAAUCUCAAUCUACAGUUCCUAAUGUAUCCGACUUAUUGGCCACAUCACUUCUCCACAAGGAAUCACCAAAAACUGAUAAAACUUUAAAGAAGCUAAGCAUAGAGACACCGGUAGAAGAUUACAAACAUAAUGUGGAAGCUCAGGGAGAAAUUGAUGGCGAUGAUGAAGAAGCCUAUAAACAAAUAUUUGCCGAAGCUAGACAAAUGAUAUGGCAGCUACUGUUUGAUGAAGGCUCCUUAACAGCAGAGAAUAGUAAAAAAGCAGCUGAGCUUUUGGAGCUAUAUAAAAGUGAUGCUUGUUUCUAUUGUCCUUGGGAUUACAAUGAUUGGAUUCCCACCGUAAGAGAUGAGCUUUUGAAACGAAAGUAUUUCGACUUCUGGCAAGAUGUAAUAGUGAAGAAAGAAUUGGGUUUAUGCUGGGCACGUGACUCGGAUUAUUUCGAUGAUAUGGAAGAUAAAAGGCCAAUAGAAUUUUAUAAAGUUGGAGAGGAUUUCAUCAAACAGCAGAAGAAAUAGUUUAAGAUUAUUUGUUAUUUCUUGUGAAUCUAGUUAUAGAAAACGCCUAUUAUCUUGUAUACCCAUACGUAUUUUAUACAUCUACUACAUAUUGAUAUUAACAAUAAAAUUGUUUAUUUUUAAAAGGAA